GGUCAGCCCUCCAAGCGCUCCCACAUGCACCUGUCCACCUCUUCCCUCAGCAACGCACUGGGCAACGCCCCCCCAGGACUACAUUACCCAGUCACCCCCUGUCACUACAGCAACCAGCAGUAUGGCAUGAUGGCAGCUCAGGAGAUGCUCUCUGCCAGUAUUUCUCAAUCUCGUAUCCUGCAGACAUGUGGUGUCCCUCACCCCAACAUGGUGGGCAGUGGGAACCCAUUGCAAGGAUCUCUCACUCCUUGCUUGUACAAGUUUCCGGAUCAUGGUCUAGGCAGUGGUUCCUGUGCAUUAAGCCAUAGUUUCUCCACACUGCCCCCGGCCCUCCUCACCACUGAUGAGGCCCCUGGGGUCCCGAGUAUUUGCGACAUGAAAACUGACCAUAGAAAAAGCAUGCGGGACCCAGAAGAUGUCCCUCCCAUGGACUCCCCGCAGAUAAGAGAGCUGGAGAUGUUUGCCAAUGACUUCAAAAUACGCAGGAUCAAACUCGGCUACACGCAGACUAAUGUAGGAGAGGCUCUUGCUGCAGUGCACGGCUCAGAGUUCAGUCAGACUACAAUCUGCCGCUUUGAGAAUCUGCAGCUGAGCUUCAAGAACGCUUGCAAACUCAAGGCCAUUCUGUCCAAAUGGCUGGAUGAAGCAGAGCUGGCCGGCGCCUUGUACAGUGAUAAAUUAGGAAUGAACGAGCGGAAGAGGAAAAGGAGAACCACUAUCAGUCUGGGAGCUAAGGAGGCCCUGGAACGCAGCUUUUUGGAAAAAAAUAAGCCAUCCUCCCAGGAAAUAGCGCGGAUAGCAAAAGGCCUCCAUUUGGAGAAGGAGGUGGUCAGAGUCUGGUUCUGCAACAGACGACAAAGAGAAAAACGGGUCAAAACCAGCCUGAACCUCAGCUCCUGUUUGACCAAACUCAGCCCACACUGCAUCACACAGAUGAGCAAAUCACAAAGACCCAUGACGUAGUUCAGGGUUCACCUUUAGUUCGAUGGACUCCUUCAUGACUU